UGGCUCAUUCUUUCCUGCGCCGGCAACAGACACAAACCACCCCCCUCCACCCCUCCUCUGUCCACUCAUCCCAGCAUGCGCCACCUAUUCGGGGGUAAGACCAACAGACUCUUCACCGGACUGAAAGCAGAGCUCUGCGCUGCGGCUGUUGCUGAAUGAAUGCAGCAUUUUCUUGCGCCUACAACCACACUGAGUGAGACAGAGUAUCAGCGAGACACUGCCAGCAACUGAGAGCCACUGAGCUGAAGAGCAGAACAGCAGAUCAGGUGGUGCCUCCGUAUUUCUUGCUCUUCAGUUCUCCCUCCCUCCCUCCUUAGGACACACUGCAAAGGAGGACUGAGGACAGGGAGGUACUCCGCAAGACUUCCCCAGCUGAAAGUCUUUCUGUUUUGAUUUUGUGUCGGGUCCCGUGUGACCCCUCAACACUUCUCCCUCAGACCUAGAGUAUUCUGCCAAAGACACAUAGCAGAGGACCAGGAACAGACAGACAGGCACAAGUGGGCAGACGGUCUGAGAUGGAGUUGCAGGGGAGAAAAUCAUUCCUGCACAGGUGUGCGAAGUCUGGCGAUGUAGUCCAUGCAGGUCUGGUCAUCACACUUCUGGUUGGAGUCUGGUACUCGCAGGCACUGGAGGUGAGCACGGGGAAGGUCCAUUUCAUAGAAGUGAUGAAUGGAAGUUCAGUGUUGUUACCUUGCACUUACGCCAGCUGCAUCGGCAUUAAAAACCUUUACUUCAGCUGGCAGUUCAAGGACAAUGGGACACUAAUUAAGCUGUGUGAAGCCGUCAUCCCAGCAGAAGGAAUAGAGCCUAAUGUGAAAAUCUACCAUGAGCGGGUAGAGUUUGUGGGCACCAGCAAGAAAAGUAAUAUCUCCAUCCUACUGCAUAAUGUCACAUUCGAGGACCAGGGAGAAUAUAUCUGCUUUGCCCGCAACCCCAAAGAGAAGGACCGCAACCAUAGUGCAGUAUUCACUCUUUAUGUGGUAGACGAGUUGAGAGUGGUGGACAACACACUGACCCUCAUAAUUGUGUCUGUGCUCGGUGGGGUCAUCGGUCUCAUCAUCCUCAUCAUGGUGGUGAAAGCUGUAGUUAUUGCUGUUCUAAACAGGGUCCAGGAGAAGAAUAAAGAGUGCCUUGUGAGCUCUUCAGGGAACGACAAUACAGAAAAUGGCCUCCCAGGAUCCAAAGCAGACAGCAAACCAACACCAAAGGCAUGAGAGGAGCAUGUGUGUGUACAUAUAUGAGCAUAUGUAUACAUGCAUUCACAAUUAUAACAAAUUGAAGGAAAGUU